UUCAAUUAGAAGGUGCAUCACUGAGAGAGAGUCAUUGUGUUUCAAUGAACACACUGCCUGAGUCCUGAGCUUCUUUGAGAACGGAUUACCAUUGCCAGUUUCUAAGGAUGACUCUCAGCUGCAGCACCAGUUGAUGAAAAACUAUUUCAGACCUUAACAUCUUCGUCAGAACACCAGAGGCAUCAAAGAUCAUAAGUUUGAAAUGUGUGAUCCUCAAGAAAAAGACCACAAGCACAGAAAGACUGCUAACUCAAAAUCUCAUCAAAUGAAGCACCAUCACCAAAACCAAGGCCAUCUUCAUCACCAUGACCAGCAAAAGUUACAUCAGUCAGAUGACAAUGAUAGUCAUGACACCAAUUCAACAGCGGAGGACAGUAUUUUCAGCGAUCAUCACCCCGACCAUCGACAUCAGUGUGAUAAUGACAAGACUCAUCAUUCCCACUGUCACCAUUACCAUCGCAAGCAAAACCAUGUUUCUCAUCCCAAAACUCCCUUGAGUGAUUCAACUGGUUCCUCUUCAUCCUCCUCUUCUUCUUCAUCCUCUUCAUCAACAUCCUCCUCCUCUACCUCUUCCUCCUCCUCUUCCUUUUCUUCCUCCUCUUCAACGUCUUCCUCUAGCCUGUCCUCUGAGACCAGCAGUGAGUGUUUAGAUAGUGUUCCACUUAAGAAGCCCCAGCAUUCACAGUCCUGUACUGACAUUUCCAGGAAACAUAGAUACUUUGAAGAAGGAGACGACACAGCCCCUUUGAUAGAUAAAAAGGGUUAUCUAAACAGGCUCCCUGCCAAACAGGAACGAGAGAAAGGCAAGUCCUCCCACAGGGGCCCUACUCAGGGCACCCUGAAGAACACACAGAGGAUUACAAGAGGCUCGGGAAAUGAUGGAAAUUUCCGCAAAGCCAAAUCAAUGGAGGCUCUCACUAGACCCAAAGAAAGUGAAUGGCAUGGAAAUGAAGAUGAAAAUGAAUCAGAGAGGAGCAAAGGGGAAGCCAGGAAGAAUUUAAUGAAGGAAAAAAUGAAGUUCUCUGCCUUCCUUAAUGAGAUCACUCGGCAGGUGCUCAGCCCGAUGAGACUCACCACUCUUGGGGUUACAGAGGCUCAAAGACCCUGCAGUCCAGGGCAGGCCUCUGUUAGAUCCAGUAAAGUAGACAGCAGCACUGAGAAACUCAGACAGCAGAGGAGUCGGCCUGCCAGUGCAGACUCAAUUAGCUCCAGCAAGUACUCCCAUACCAGCAAGCACUCUUCUCAACUUUCUCACUCUAAAUCUUUCCACCACCAUCAUAGCCACUGUUCUGCAGACUCACCCCAUCACAUGUAUCACAGGCCCAGAAGCAGCACUGAUGUUAGCUGUUUGAAAAGAGGUCACUCCCAUUCGCCUUCUCAUAAGCACCAUCACCACCGUCACCAAGGAGACCAUCGCACUUUUAGUCGUCAUCAUCACCAUGGUGACCGCAACAGCCCAAGGAAUCUCCAUCACCACAGAGACCACCACAGUCCUGUCUAUCAUCAUGGAGGUCACAAUAGCCCCACUUAUUCCCAUGGUGACCAACACAACAUUUCUCAUCACCACAGAGACCAUGACAGCACAACCCAUCAAGAUCACUAUGGAGACUAUCAUCGUGGAGACCAAUGCAGCCCAACUCACCACCAUGGAGAGCACUGCAGUGAAACUCAUCAUCAUCACCAUGGAGACUAUCAUAGCCCUGCUCGUCACCAUCACCAUGGAGAGCACCAUGGCCAUGCUCAUCACCAUCGUCAUGGAGACCACCAUGGCCAUGCUUAUCACCAUCGUCAUGGAGACCACCAUGGCCAUGCUCAUCACCAUAGGGAUCAUCCUAUUACAACUCAUCAUCACCAUGGAGACCACCACAACCCAACUCACCAUUGUGAAGGUCAACACACCCCAACACAUCACCAUGGAGACCAUCACAGUUCAGGUCACCACCGCCAUAGCACACACCCAAACAUUGAACGCCCUACUACACCACGUCACCAUGGACUCCACAGCCUAACCAAUGACUGUGGAGAUCACCAAAGCCCAACAAUUCAUCAUCACCAUAGUGACCACCACAACCCAACACAUCACCAUCACCAUGGAGACCACCACAGUCCAGGCCAUCACCAUCACCAUGGAGACCACCAUAGUCCAGGCCAUCGCCAUCACCAUGGAGACCACCACAGUGAAUCUCAUCAGCAUCACCAUGGAGACCACCACAGUCCAGACCAUCACCAUCAUCAUGGAGACCACCACAGUGAAUCUCAUCAGCAUCGCCAUGGAGACCACCACAGUCCAGACCAUCAGCAUCACCAUGGAGACCACCACAGUCCAGACCCUCAGCAUCACCAUGGAGACCACCAAUGUGAAUCGCAUCAGCAUCAUCAUAAAGACCACAACAGUGAAUCGCAUCAGCAUCAUCAUAAAGACCACCACAGUGAAUCUCAUCAGCAGCAGCAUGGAGACCACCACAGCAAAGCUCAUCGGCAUCACCAUGGAGACCACCACAGUGAAUCACAACAUCAUCAGCAUGGAGACCACCACAGUCCAAGCCAUGAGCAACGCCAUGGAGACCACCACAGUCCAGGACAUCAGCACCAACAUGGAGACCACCACAGUAUAGCUCAUCGGCAUCACCAUGGAGACCACCACAGUGAAUCUCAACAUCAUCAGCAUGGAGAUCACCACAGUUCAGACCAUCAGCAUCACCACAGAGAUUACUAUAGUACAUGUCAUCACAAAGGACAUCACCCUGAAUCACAGCUCAACCAGCCCCACUCCAAAAACAAUGAUAUUGACCAUGAUGACAUUGAUGACCACAACACUAAUUUAAAGGGGUAUUCUGCUGGCAGUCCGCCUUCACACAGGAAGCUGGAGUCUCUUUCCAACAAGGCAGAUUCACCCAGGAACACCAGCAGCUCCUCCAGUCAGGAAGAGGAACAUACAAGCUUCACUGGCUCAUCAUUACAUAAAGAAAAGCCACAUGAGCUGGGUAGAAUCAUGAUACUACAGGAGCAGAAUGAAGGUCUGCAUCAAAGUUUGCUGAAGACAGCAGUGAGGAUGGAGUGUUUAGGAGAGGAGUUCAUGAGCAGCCAAAAGCUUUUGGAGGCAGAACUCCAGAGGACACGUGUGGAGCUUAGCAACCUCACAGAGAGGUUUAAGAGACUACACGACAAGUGCUCCUCCACACAACAGACUAAUAAUUUUCUAGAGCACAAGCUUCAUUCAGUGGCUCAGAGUAUGGAAGACGAACGUGAGAGGUUGAACCGGCGUAUUUCAGCACUGACGGAGAAGCUUGCUGAUGCAAAAUUUGCCAACAGUCUGGAAACAUUCAAUGUAACAUCAGUGCUACACAGAACCGACCUCCAUUUUCAGUCAGAUGAUGCCAUUAAUCAGGUGGUUCUCCCCAUCACUCCCCCUCCGGCUCAGUUCAUGGACGGGCAAAACUAUGGAAAGUCCAAAGCCGGCGGGCAGGAGCAACCUCUAGGGUCAGUUCCAGAGGAGGAGGAAUCUGACUGGUCAGAGAUGGGAGAAGAGACCCCACGAUUUAUACUGACAGGAUCAGACAGAGGUCAAGCGUGGAGACACCGGGAAGGAGACGUGGACAAAGACAGCGAGUCAGGGGUCGAGGAAAUUGUCAGACGACACUCUCCACGCGCCCCCCAGAUACCUCAUCUCCAGUUCACCAUUCACAAUGAGAAUCUGUCUGAUGGCAUGAGAGGUGAGGGCACUUACAGGAUCACCACAAGUCCAAGCCUUGGCUCGGCCACCCUCAUCCGGUCAGCUAGCCUGGAGGAAAUCCCUCUAGCACGCCAUCACAUGCAGAAGGAGCUAAGAGGCACAGAGGCCAUGAUGGACCUCCACCACCAAGGGGACGAAGCUAUUGAGGAUUUAGAUAAUGAGAUCAUUCAUCACUGGAGAACAAGCAACGCCAGGGAUGCAGCUAUUGGGAGGCCGAUAGAAAGCAGGACGUCAGAGACAGAUAGCAGCCUGACCAGCCUGCAGUCAGCUGAGCUGAUGCUAAACCACUUCAUAUGUGAACCGCAGCCGGGUGAAGGAAAAGGUCAGGGCAGGGCUGAGGUGCACGGCUGGACAGGAGGGAUUCCAGACAAGGUGUUGAGAGGGGAGCGAACACAGCUGUGAGAGAAACAAGUGCACUGUUCACUGUGUCUGAAAUCAUAAUUUACUGUGAGCUUUAUUUACUCGGAAAAGUUCAAUGGAGCUCUUUUUCAGUGGCUCAGUGGUUCAGCCUCAGUACUUAACAUGUGGUUUGAGGAGACUUUGAAUUCAAACUGUAAGACUUACUGGAUUUACUUGCCUGUCUCUAACUGACACUUUUCAGACAGCACAUUGGGCUCCCUCAUUUGUUUCUUAAUAAAAAUCUACACUUAAAUAAAUAAUCAUAUUACAUGCAUUCAACACACGUUUGCAGUUUUAACCAAGCCUAUAAAAAAUGAGAUCAAUACACUUAACAUUUGCCAAGUGGAAUUGGAGACAGAUGAAUAAUAUAUGUAUUUAAACAUAAACUAUAUUUUUCUGUACCUUGAAACAUCCUCUACGGCUUAGAUUUGGUCAUUUAAUGGUAAAAUGUAGAUGUGUAUUUUUGUUAUAAAUGCAGAUAUAGCCAUUUCCUUUUUCUGUUCUUUCAUCUCUGUGAAAUACAAAAGGUAGUUAUUCUGUUUAUCUGUUUGCUUUAUUGCAUGAAACAUCAUAUAUUCAUAUAAGGUGUACUUCUUGAGUAGGUAGCCACAAUUAUGCAUUGUUGAAUGCAUGGUUUAAUGCCAUAUACUGCAAUCUAAAAACAUCCUAAAAUAUUUUUUUUUCAGUGUUUUCCUGUUAAUCAAUUUACCUGUUAGUCUUAGUAGGCAUAUACUAUAUAACAUAAUGAAUACUUACAGUCACAAUACAGUUUUGAAAUAGCUUUAAAUAUGUUUAUAAUGAAAAACUAUUGUCCUGUCUCUGUGUAAAACAUUUAUUUCCUCUGGUUGCAAUAAUUAUCCUGCCAAAGUAAAUGCUUACUUACUAUUGAACAAAUUUCCCAAGCUUGUGUAAAUACCAUCCAUGUAACUCUGUCUUUGUAACAAUUAAUAAACCAAAUGAAGAAACAAUGAGACAUAA